AUGCAAGACAUUUCACAAGAGAAACGAGGCACAAGGCCAAAGCGCUUUCUUUCUAUUAAAUAUCUGAAAAAUGUUGUUGAAAUGCUGGCUCCAAUUCUAUCUGAUCCCUACUGGAUCCACUUUAUCUAUUUUGUUGCCAUUUCUUUAGUGGGUUUGAUUCCUUUGAGACUUUCACCUACUAAAGGCAAAAGAUACUUGAAUGUGCUUGAUGCAUUUUACACUAGUGUGUCAGCUGCAACUGUAAGCAGUUUGGGAUUUGUUGCCAUGGAAGAUCUCUCAUACUUCCACCUCGCAGUGAUGAUCAUACUCAUGCUUCUAGGGGCAGAUGUCUUCACGUCCUCCUGCUCUCUCCUCCUUGCAAGGCUUAGGCUCAGGCUCAAGCUUCAUCACUCAAACCUGCAUCAUCACUCAAUGAAUAGUACUCAAAUGAUUGGUUUGCAUCAAUACCAAAUCACAAGUGAUCAUGGUAAAUCUAUAAAACACUUUGAUCAUUAUCUCCAUGCAAAGAAUCAGAUUAGAAGAGAAUCAAUAGUAAGCCCUAACAAGGCUAUAGUUGGUUCCAAGGAUAUCAUUGGUGAUGAUUUAGAGCAGCGUGAGAUAAAGGAUUCGAGAGAAAAGGCAGCAGAACGUAAUGUUACAAGUGACGCUGAGAACGUCGUGGAUGGUGAUUUAGAAUAUGAAGCUCUUAGUUUUCUUGGCUAUUUAUGUCUAGGAUAUUUUCUCUUUGUACAGCUAGCUGGUAUUACGCUCGUUUAUAUCUAUUUUUGUGUAUCGAAAAGUGGAGAUAGGAUACUCAACAAUAGAGGCGUAAGUAAGUCUAUGUUUGCAAUGUUUAUAGUGGUAUCAUCGUUUGCUAACUGUGGGUUCACUCCAUUGAACGAUAAUAUGAUGCCCUUGAGAAAGCACAGUGUUUUGCUUAUGAUAUUGGUGUUUCAGAUACUCAUGGGGAAUACCACGUUUGGGGGAUUUCUGACAAUUGAGGUGGUUAUGUUAUUUGCGUUGCAUUGGAAUACGUUAGCUAUGGAUUGGCUCACGGCGGGUGAGAAGGUGAUCGGUGGAGUGUUUCAAUCUGUGGCUAUUAGGCACGCUGGAGAAAACAUUGUCAAUCCUCGGCUUCUCAAUCCUGCUCUACUCAUUGUCUACAUCGUCUUCAUGUAUGUUUUGUUCUCUUCUACUUGCUAUUUAGCUGACCCUGUUCUAUUGGUGGGAGAAGAUAUCAUGAAUAAAAAAUGGUUGUCAAAGGAGGAGUCAAUUAUGUUCAUUUGCAUCACAGAAAGGCACAACUUUUCUCAAGUUCCACUUAACUUCAAUGUUUUGGCUAUCAUCUUUGAAGUUGUCAGUGCAUAUGGAAAUGUUGGAAUUUCUUUAGGCUAUAGUUGUGUCCUAUUUAACAAAAUGUCAAAAGACCAUUGGAAAGAGGUGUCUUAUAGUUUCUCUGGGAAGUGGAGCACCAAAGAAAAACUCAUAAUUAUAAUGGUGAUGUUCCUUGGUCGUCUCAAAGAAAAAUUCAAGGGGUUUUUGGGCCUUUUGGAUGCAAUGACGUAA